UUCAGACAAUUUCCAAAGGUUCUUCUUCUGUGUUUUCAUUUCGAGGGUCUUCUUCCUUUCCUCUCAGAUGGUAAAGGGAGGGAAGGAUAGUGGCAGAAGCAAUUUCAGGAAAAGGAUUAGGUCAAAAGACAAGGGUUCUGAUGAUUCAGAUGAAGAUUAUGUGGUUUCUGAUGAGGAAAAUGAAGUGACUGAUGAUUAUUCUGAGGAAUACUGUUCUUCUUUAGAUGAAUGUGCAUCAGAAGACAGUUUAGGUGGUUUUGUUGAAGAAGAGGAUGAGGAGGAAGAGAAAGAGGUGAGGAAGGUUGUUAGGCCAACGGUAAGAUGGGGUUCUUUUGCUAAGGAGAAAGUUGGAGAUAAAACAUCAAAAAAGAGAAAAAGGGUGUCAUAUAGAGUAGAGGAAGAUGACGAUUAUGAGGGGGCAGGGGAGGAGGAAGAUGAUGAUGAUGAUGAGGAAUUUGUAAUAGAUGAAGAUGAUUGUUUCGAUGAGGAAGAAGAACUGACUUUGACAAGGAAGAAAAAUAUGAAGAUGAAUAAGAAGGGAUUGCAGAAAAGAUGUCCUCAAGGAGGGAGAAACAGGAAGAAGUAUGCUGUUUCAAAGGAGCCUAAUAGAAAGAGAGGUAGGAAGAAAAGUAGGUUGAAAAGGAAAAAUAGGGUUAAUGUUGAUGAUUGUGAUUAUGAUGAUUAUAGUGACAGUGAUUUUAGAGACAGUAUCCCAGCUGUUAGAAAGAAGAGUAACACAAGUUUGGCAGGAAGAAAGAGGAAAUAUCAUGUAUCAACAGAUUCAGAUCAUGUGUCUUCUGGAUCAUCUGAUCAUGAGUAUACAUAUACCAUCUCGGAGAAAGAGAAAGAGCAAGUGAUGGAAGCUGGGGAGUUGUGUGGAAGUUUAAAAGCUGCUUUGAGGAGUUCAUCAUCCUUAGGAAGGAUUCAGGAUGCUGAGGAUUUAGGCCAGCAGAAGAAACCUCCAGUACAAAAGGGUAAGGAGAAGGUAGAGGAACUGAAGAUUGAGGUAGUAAAGCAGGUUUGUGGUAUUUGUCUGUCAGAGGAAGAUAGAAGGAGAUUGAGAGGAACACUGGAUUGUUGCAGUCAUUACUUUUGUUUCACCUGCAUUAUGGAAUGGUCAAAGGUGGAAUCUCGUUGCCCUUUGUGCAAGCAGAGGUUUAAGACUAUUAGUAAACCUGCAAGAUCAACAUCAGGAGUUGAUUUGAGAGAAGUGGCCAUACAAGUUCCAGAGCGUGAUCAGGUCUAUCAUCCAUCUGAGGAAGAACUCAGGAGUUAUCUUGAUCCUUAUGAGAACGUAAUUUGUUCAGAGUGUCACCAGGGUGGAGAUGAUGGCCUCAUGUUACUUUGUGAUCUCUGUGAUUCAUCUGCACACACCUACUGCGUUGGUCUUGGGCAGGAAGUACCUGAUGGUAAUUGGUACUGUGACGGUUGCAGACCUGGUGCUUUGGUGUCCUCUAGUUCCCAAGCUCAAGAUUUUUUGUCUGAUCAAAGGACAAUGAGCACCAACUUGUACAAUAGACCAUCACCCAUUGUUAAUUUGGGUGAUAGUGUGGAACCCACCGUAAUGUCUUCACCUUGUACACCAUUUACUCAAGGAUUUGGGAAUCUUUCCUCUCCUAGAUUACCAGUUCUAGAUGUUUCAGCAGCUUCUCCUUUGUCUGGAGCAGGGGCACCAACCUUAACAGGAAGACGCUGGAUACACCGUCACAUACAAAACCUUCUUUCUGGCAAUAGAAUGAAUCUUGGGGCUAUGAGAGAGGAUGGGAUGUCAACUGCCAAUUUGGCAAAUGAUUUCUUAAACCCUCAAAUUGAUCAGGGUCAGGAAACAACAGCCCAACAGUCAAGUGUGCAAGCAAGUGGGACAUUGUAUACAAUUUUUGGGGAGAGUUCCCAGAAUAAUCUCCCUUCUUCAUUGCAAAGUAGGGAUAUCUUCUCUCAGAGGUUGGGGCAUCUUAGAAGGCAAGUGAUUCAUGGUACAAGUACAGCAACUACGGAUUCAAGGUUUAAUUUGACAUUAUGGCCUGAACAUGCUGGGAUCAGCUCAAUAUCAGGUAAUAACCACCUCAACCAGUUGACCUCUGGAUUAAACAUUGGGCUCAAUGGUUCCCCUCAUAUGGUUAAAGAGGAGGGUGAUUUUUCUAUGAUGAAGGAACAGCUGCAAAUAAUGGUUGGAAGUCAUCUAAAAAAUUUGUCCAGAGAUAUUGAUUUAGGCAGCAAUUUCAAGGACAUAGCAAGGCAUUCAACACAAACCAUUUUGGCUGCAUGUGGGCUUGAGCACAUGAGGAAUGAGGUUCAUUCCGUGCCUCCACCAUCGGUUUGUCCCCAUGUGGAAAGACUGGAAGCUGGACAAAGGAGUCUGAUGAAAGGUUGUUGCUCUACUUGUUUUGAUUCUUUUGUAAAAGAUGUAGUGAAGAGAGUCAUGGACACAAGCCUCCCACGGUGGUUGAGCUUAGGCCUUUAGGUCUUUCAGUUAGUGAAUGUAUCCUCCACAUUUUUUUUUUCUUGGAAAUAGAAAAAAAAUUUUAGGAGAGAAUCUUUAUAGUUGACUAAUUUAUAUGAUUGAUUCAUAGACAUUGAACAUGGGAGUGACUGCAUUUUUUGAUUUGAAGUAAUUUUUUCUCCCUGUGAGAAUAUAGGUAAUGAUUCAGGUACGAUGCCCUUUUUUUUUUAUGUAUAACCUCCUGUAUAAAGUGGCAUUCAAAUGAGUGAAUGCAUGUCAAUUAACGCAUGUUACUGAA